AUGAAGCUGUGCUGCGAGUUAUCAGCCAAUCAGCAAAUCAAAAGUGCAGUGAAAGGCUCUGGGAAAGGGGCGGCUGCAGCAGGGGGGUUAGCGUUUGCAGGAGGGUUGGUUGGAGGUCCUCUCGGUAUUGCAGUCGGCGGCGCUGUGGGGGGUCUUCUGGGAUGUUGGAUGACGAGUGGACAGUUCAAGCCUUUGCCUCAGAUCAUUAUGGAGCUGAGUCCUCAGCAGCAGCAGAAACUGUAUGAUGAUCUCGCGGCUAUUCUUGGAGAAAUUAACUGGACAGACUUGGCUCAGUUAACGGCGUUGGUCAUGGGGAAUGCAACUCUAAAGCAUCAACUAACAGCUGCUCUUCUUGGAUUCGUCACAAAGGAGCUCCAGGCAGAAGUGCACUAUGUGGACUAA